GGUUAUUUUUCUUUGUUUGCUGAAGCGGGUCCGGAGCGGCGGGUUGUCUGUGGGAUCCGGAUCGGGAGGGGGUCCUCGCCCCCCGGGGCGGGGGGGUCGGAUGAUUCUCUGCGGAGCGGGACCGACAAGAUCCAUGCGUUAUAGCUGCGGUUAGAGGCUUAUUGGAAGAAACGCCCACAACUGAAGACGAGGGAGCAGCAACAAUGAACCAGCCCGAGGAUUGAGAGCAUCAACUGGAGAAAACCCUUCUGACUAGGAGUUUCCAUUGAUUCAGUCAGGAGAAACUUCGAGCAUCACCAGCUAGUGGAGCUUUUCUGCACCGGGUCCAAAGUGUAAAAAGAAGACGACAAUCAGCAAUCAUCAGUCACAGUCAGAAUGGCUACAGAGAGAUAUAGGCCAGUUUGAAGAGUGGGCUGAACGAUGGCAGAUGGAGUUUAAUGCUGUCGCAGAGUCUACAGUCUCAGCCCUCCUGGCACAGUGGGACAAAUAUGGACUGUACGAACUGACGAAGUACUACAGGGGCAGGCUGGAAAAGGCGAUAGAAGAAGGGGUGAAAACACUCAGAUGUAUGUCGUCACAGGAGGGACAUAUCCGUGCAGAAGAACAUGAGAAAGUCACUGAACUGAAGGAAAACUGGACAGAGAGUAUCACAUUCUUCCUCAGGUUGAUGAUGGGAGAAGGCUCGAAAACCGGGAGGGUGAUGUGGGAAUCCUUUGUGAAAAUGCGGACUGAGUUACAGAAGUUGGACAAAGUACUCAAGGAAAUACAGGAGCUCGUCACAGGUCCGAGCUCAGUUAUCACCGAGCUCCUGGCAAGCUGGAACGAUUUCCAGCUGCUGCAGUUGACGGACUUCUACCGGGACAGGCUGGAGCAGGCGAUGGAAGGAGGGGUGCACGGAGUGAGCCGGGCGUUAACGGCCAAGAAUCAGUUCAGCGGAGAGGAACAUCGGAAAAUCUCUGAUCUCGCUGAUAAGGGAGAGCGGGCAGACAGUUCUAAACUCCUCCUGAGCCUGGUGAUGGAGAAAGGCUCCCGCGCCCGGAGGAUGAUGUGGGAAACCUUUGUGAAAAUGCGGAUUGAUGUCCCAAAGUUGGACAAAAUACUAAAAGAAAUACAGGAACAUGGUUGUGUUCCGGUUCAUCGACCCGUACUGGAGAUUCCCAGGGAACUGAAAGUUGUUCAACAGAAACACAAGGAGACUCUGCGGACACAAUCUGAAACACUGAGAGUGAACACGAUCCUGAUGAGGGAGAAGGUGAAGGUUUUCCAGCUGGUUGAUCGAUACGCUGAGCUCACGGUCAUUUCUACUGUUCGAGAUCGGACACUGGUGGAACUUGAGCUGCUGGCAAGAGGCAGAGACCACGAGGAGUGGAGGCAGAAAUGUCUCCGUGGAGAGCUGGAAAAAAUCCGGACGGAUCAGCUGUUCCAGAGCAGCUUUUCCCGAAUUAAAUCCAUAUCUGGGAGCUCGACAGCAGUGGCCGGAGUCCCGGGGAUCGGGAAAACAACAAUGGUACAAAAGAUUGUUUAUGACUGGGCCACGGGGAAAAUAUACCAACAAUUCCAGUUUGUCUUCAGUUUCAAAUUUCAGGAUUUAAACUCCAUUAACAACAGAAUAAACCUGAGAGAACUGAUUCUGGAUCAUUAUCCUUACUUUGGGAAUAUGCUGAGAGUGGUCUGGAAGAACCCAGAGGGAUUGUUGUUUAUAUUCGAUGGUUUGGAUGAAUUCAAACACAGAAUCGAUUUUGCGGACAGUCGGAGAGAUACAGAACCCAAGCACCAGUGCCCAGAUCCCGAGUGGAGGUGUGAAGUGCCUGACAUUGUGUACAGUUUAAUCCAGGGCAAGCUGCUCCCAGGGUGUUCAGUGCUGGUGACCACCCGCCCCACUGCGUUACAUUUAUUGGAAAAGUCUGAGGUCAGUGUCUGGGCUGAAAUCCUGGGAUUUUCUGGUGAGGAACGGAAGGAAUAUUUCAUCAGACAUUUUGAAGAUCAGACGGUGGCAGAAGCUGUUUUCAAACACAUGGAGGAGAAUGAGAUCCUGUACACCAUGAGCUACAACCCUUCCUACUGCUGGAUCCUCGCUCUGGCACUGGGCCCCUUCUUCACACAAAGAGUCAUGGACCCACAGAGAGUUCCCAAGACCAUCACCCAACUGUACUCCUACUAUAUUUACAACAUCGUGAAAAACCAUGGCCGUGAGAUUGAGAACCCCCGUGAUGUGUUACUCAGGGUUGGUCAGAUGGCCUUCAGAGGAGUGUCCGAGAAGAAAAUUGUGUUUACAGAUGGAGAUUUGAUCAACUACAAUCUGCAGCCUUCCCAGUUCCUGUCCGGGUUCCUGAUGGAGCUUUUGGAGAGAGAGGAUUCUGCCCGGAGCAUGGUGUACACAUUCCCACACCUCACCAUCCAAGAAUUUGUAGCUGCAGUCGCACAAUUCCUGAAUCCACAUCCCGGGGAUAUCCUGAAAUUCCUCACUAAAGCCCAUAGCACGACAGAUGGGCGAUUUGAGGUAUUUCUCCGUUUUGUUGCUGGUCUCUCCUCCCCAAUGACAGUUCGGGGCCUGGAGGAGUUUCUGGGUCCAUUUCCUCAUCAAACAACCUGCCGGGUGAUUGACUGGGUGAAGGAGGAGGUUAAACGCCAGAUUGGAAACACAGGGAGUGAAGCUGGUAAAAGGAGCUUCCUGAACACAUUGCACUACCUGUUUGAGUCUCAGAAUCGUGGACUGGCUCAGGUUACACUGGGAUCUGUGGAAACACUUUCAUUCCGUGGAAUGAAACUGACCCCGACUGACUGUGCGGUCCUGUCUCAUGUCAUCGGACUCUGUGAUACAAUAAUACAGCUCGACCUGUGGAACUGCCACAUUCAGUGUGAAGGAAUCCAGCGGCUGGGACCCGGGCUGCACAAGUGCCAGGAGUUGAGACUGAAUGAUAAUAACCUGGGAGAUUCAGGAGUGAAACUGGUGUCUUCGGCUCUGAGGAACCCGGAGUGUAAAAUACAGAAACUGUGGCUGAUCUAUGUCGGUCUCACAGAUUCUGGUGCCGAGGAUCUCGCCUCCGCUCUCAGUACAAACACAUCACUGAGGACGCUGAACCUGAGUGAUAAUAAACUGGGAGAUUCAGGAGUGAAACUGGUGUCUGCGGCUCUGAGGAACCCGGAGUGUAAAAUACAGAAACUGCGGCUGAUCAAAGUCGGUCUCACAGAUUCUGGUGCCGAGGAUCUCGUCUCCGCUCUCAGUACAAACCGAUUACUGGCGGAGCUGGAGCUGAGUAAUAAUAAACUGGGAGAUUCAGGAGUGAAACUGGUGUCUGCGGCUCUGAGGAACCCGGAGUGUAAAAUACAGAGACUGGGGCUGCAUAAGGUCGGUCUCACAGAUUCUGGUGCCGAGGAUCUCGUCUCCGCUCUAAGUGGAAACCCAUCACUGACGGGGCUGGACCUGACAUCAAACUCUCUGACAGACCGAUCUGUCCCCGCUCUCCGCCGCCUCAUUCUGACCCUCCCGAAUCUGUCGUGGAUCGAGCUGGGGUUGAAUCGGUUCAGUGAGACAGGGGGGAAGCAACUGAGACCUCUGCGGGGAGUCAGACCCAGACUGACAAUGGGGAUCUGAACAUCUGAAUGUGUGAACAUCCCCGCCCGCGGGAUGGGGACAUUUGGCCGACUCCCCGCCCUCCCCUUUAAUUCCCGCCCUUACCUUUAAUGGCAGCGCCCCAGGGCUGAUUCCCAACGGUUUUAACGGAACCGGCUCGGGCCUCGCGCUGUGUGUCGCUCGGAACGGUCCCGCAGUGACGUGUUUUCGCGUGUUGUGGCGUGCCAGCUUCCGCCGGAUGUGCGUGUUCGAGACUCCCACGUGAGACCCCGGGGAAUUACCCGGACAGGAAGAGCCGGGAGCCGGGGCUCAGUGUGGGACACCGGCGUCCCGGUGUGGGAUUAUCCCGGGAGAGAAUCCUUUUGCCCCCUUUGCUGAGGACGGUGCAUUCGGCAGCCUGGCCGAUAUAAUGAUGUUAAAUGGACAAAUCCCUCGGCAGUGACCCUGGAUCUGCAGCGAUCCCGGACACGGCCCUGAAGUGUGAUUUUAUAAUCAUCGGUUCCCCGAUGCAGAGUGACGGUGAGAAACGGGACUGAUUAUUCAACCGGUCACUCCUUGUCGCCGGUCAGUUAAUUGUGUGUGACUGUGAGUGAGUCGGGAGCAGCUUAUUUAUUCCCGCACGUCAGCAGCUCACACAUUGUUUAAUUUACAUUUGUCAUGAUGAAAUCAAUAAACCGUUGUAACUUCC